AUCACCACUCGAGGUUCUUCAGAAUUCGUGAGCCUGUUUGCAAAAGAAAAGGGAACUCCUCUCCCUCAUCACUCCCUUUCUGUGCAAGACAACACCAGGAAACUCCAAUGCUGUAUUUGGUGCAAAACGGUGUCCCAAAUUCAAGGUAACUCUGAUCAAAGUCUCCUUAAAGCAGGAGGGACUGGAAUGAUGAAUGAGUUCUCAUGGAAAAUGAUUAGAGUGCAGCUGAGAAAGCUCCAACUUAAUGACUCAGGAGAAUAUCAACUCGAGACCUAUUUCCAGGGGAGAAACAAACCACAGAAUAGCACCAAGCUGGAAGUUUUGGAGGAAUAUAGGUCUUUGGAUACAGAUUCUGACCCCAUUAAAUUUGCCACUGAGAAGGGGGACAUUGCCACAGAUGACACCAAUAAGGAGCAGAGCAGUCUCCAUGCCCUCGUGGUGCUGAGCUCCUUCCUGCCCACCACUGCUCUGGUUGCUGCUGUUCUCUUCCUCCUCACCACCUACAUCAGAAUGAAGAGAGCAGGAAAAGGGAUGGACGCUGGCAAACAUCCUGCUUUCAGACAGAGAGCACUGCAGCUCAGAGGACACAAGGGGAGCGGGAUGGCAGAAGGGGAACUGAGCAGGAGCCCAGUCUAUGCUGUGAUCAGGCCCCAGCAGCAGCCCAGGCCCGAGGAUGUUCUGUAUGCCAACGUACAGCCUGCUCCCAAGGUUUUCUUCCACCUGCAGGAACCGCCGGGAAGUUCGGCCUCCUCGGGGCCUGUGGAAUACGCGACUGUUCUCUUCAGAACCACAGCUCCACGUCCUGACACUGCAACAGAGAAAAACAGCUUCACCUAAAGAAAGCAGCACAAAGUCUUGGGCUUGUUCACUGAAUUUUGCAGAACUGCACUUAAAACAACCUGUUUGUACCCAGUUGCUGAAGGUGGGCGAUGGGGUGAGGGGCAGAAGCAACUGAAAGGACACACGUGGGGGCACAAACCUUCCCUGGAAAACAACUGCACUUUCCUAACAGCACAGCAUCACACCCAGCUCCCGGUGGGCAAAUCCAGAAGAAAGCUGUGGUAUGUUUGCUUUUCCAAAUUGCUGGUUUUAAAUGACAUAGAACUAUAAACCCAAAUACAGGAAACUGGUUCUGUCUGGCAGCAGCUGAUACAGCACCACAGCCAACGAGGGGCUGUGAGAUACGAGAGAUGCUUCCUUUGGACUUUCUUCAACAGCUCACUUGAAUACUCACAGAUAAAGCAUUAAUUACUGCCCACUCUGAUAAGAUCCAAGUCAGCAAAGUGGUAAAAAUCUGCUUUAUUUGAAACACACAAGGUGUUUCCUGGGCUUCAGGGAGACAGACAAUGCACUUGACAUGUUUUAGUAAACAAGAGUCUUGUUGGAAAAUAUUUGUCUACUUUAUAAUAUAAACUGU